AUGGUUAUAAGUUGGUUCUUUGUUAAGAAAGGGGUGAGUGUUGAAGGCUAUCUGCCCAAGCCGGUGGGCAAGAUGGUUCUAGAUGCCACAAAUCUUCGCAGUUGCAAUCUGUUUCAGUUGGAUGAUGGUGACUACAUCACUCUUGAAGAGAGCUUGGGUGGAGAUGUUGAGAACGAAGGCGAACAAGAGAGAGAAGAGGAAGAAGAAGGAGGAGAAGCAGAGGAGAUCGAGGAGAGUGACUCUGAAAUCGAAGAGAACAUAAGGAGGAAGGAAGUGAGAACCAAGAAAGACCAUGAUGCAAUGACAAACGAGGAACGUGUGGUGACCCUCCUCCGACAGCAGAAUAAGAUGAUCGAGGAAGGCUUCUAUUUCAUGAAGGCUCAGUUUGUUACCAUCAAUCAGAGGUUAGAUAGGUUGGAGGUCGGUUCUAGCCGUGGUCGAGUUGAGCAAGAUUCGGACGAGGAUGUCGAGGAUUCAGAGGAUGAUUCCUCUUAG